AUGGAUUUCCCAACCCUCCGAGCCCGAAAAUGCCUAGAAAUCCUUCAUAUUCAUGCUCACUGGAACGCCCGUUACUGUUGCCUCCACAACACUCGAGGCCAACCGAUCAACUGUGACUGCCCCAAGAAUUCCUACCACCUCCCCACUCCCCCCGAAUACCGUAAUCUCUUCAUUCAAUUCCUCAUCGAUCACAACGAAUUUACGCUUGGAGAGUUAUCAGAUAUUGAGUUGGAUCUGGUCAUGUCGGAGAUGGAGACAAGAAUCCGUGAAGCGAAAGAAUCUGUUGAGGAGUGGAAGCCUAUGGAAGGUGAGGAUAAGCUAGAUGAAUAUGUGGAGAUAUUGGAAAAAGUGAAGAAGGAAAAACACCAGGUCGAGAAGGAAGUGAUGAGUAGACGGCACAUGAAACGACGAGGAUUUUGCUAA